CAGUGAGCAAGCAGAGCGGGGAGGAGCAGGUCAGUGCCCGCUGAUGGGAGCUCCUGGUGCUGUUAGACAUGGAAUUUGGACUUGGAGGCCCUUCUGCGCUGUUCCGCUGUCUGUGGCCUAGGCGGCAGCCCACCCUGUGGCCCACCCUGGCCGCUCUGGCCCUGCUGAGCAGCGUCUCGGAGGCCUCCCCCAGCCCAGCACCCCACGAGGGUCCUGCGCCGGUCCUGGCACCCCCCACCGGCCACCUGCCGGGGGGCCACACGGCCAGUCUGUGCGGUGGAAGAUCCCAGCGGGCGCCCCCGCAGCCUCCGCAGCCCGCACCGCCGCCUCUCGCACUACAGCCGCCGCCGCCGCGGUCACCGCCCGUGCCUCUCCGUGGUGGCCGCUUGGCACGAGCUGGCACCCGGGGCAGCCGCGCUCAGGCCCAGGCCUCGAGCCAGCGGGGCUGCCGCCUGCGCUCACAGCUGGUGCCAGUGCGCGCCCUGGGCCUGGGCCACAGCUCGGACGAGCUGGUGCGCUUCCGCUUCUGCAGCGGCUCGUGCCGCCGCGCGCGCUCCCCACACGAUCUCAGCCUGGCCAGUCUGCUCGGCGCCGGGGCCCUGCGGGCACCGCCCGGCUCCCGGCCUGUCAGCCAGCCCUGCUGCCGGCCCACGCACUACGAGGCCGUUUCCUUUAUGGACGUGAACAGCACCUGGAGGACUGUGGACCGUCUCUCUGCCACCGCCUGCGGUUGCCUGGGCUGAAGGCGCUCCUUCUACCUCUACCUCGGGGCUGUCAUGCUAAACCUGGCCAGUGCCUCUCUCUGCCUGGGACCCUCCAGCCAUCGGGCCCCACCUGCCAGGGACUUCUGCAGAACUGAGAAGCCCCCAGCCAGCCCUGGAGAGAUGGUGGUGGGUGACUCCGGGGCCUUGAGCCUGCAGAUCCCCAACAUACAGACACCUGGAGACCUCAGUGGU